CGUUGUGUGCACUUACCUCUUUUCUUUCCUAUCUAUGGGAGACCCAGCGUGGAGAAUGAGACAGGUGUUCUGUGGUAGCAGGAACAGAAACAGCAGAACAGAAACCAGCAUACAGUUUUGGGUUGGAUCUCAUGGUGCUCAAAGCUGAGCUGGUAGAGAGAGAGAGAGAGAAACUGUCAUAUCCAAGUGAGACGAAGAAUUUGGACUUUGCUGUGCUCAGGUGUGCAUCUCAAAAUCUCCAUUAGAAACAGGAAACAGACGAGCGAGAAGCACAGCUAUGAGUAGUCCCAGUGCCAAGCCAACGUGUCUGUCGCAGCCUGUGGUGAAGAGUGUGGUGGUGUAUCGCAAUGGAGAUCCAUUCUUCCCAGGGCGUCGAGUGGUCAUCCAUGAGAAGAAAGUGUCUAGUUUUGAUGUCUUCCUGAAAGAGGUGACAAGUGGGGUGAAUGCCCCCUUUGGGGCUGUGCGGAAUAUCUAUACGCCUCAUGGUGGGCACCGUGUCCGGCAACUGGACCAGAUUCAGACUGGAGAGCACUAUGUUGCUGGUGGCCGAGAAGCCUUCAAAAAACUGAACUACUUGGACAUAGGGGAACCGAAGAAAAGGCCUAUUGAAACUAAUAAUGAGGUGAGGCCAGUUAUCCACAGCAAAAUCAGUGUGUCGGCACGCUUUCGAAAGCCCCUUCAGGAGCCAUGCACGGUUUUCCUGGUUGCAAAUGGGGAUCUCGUAAGCCCAGCAGUGCGUCUUUUUAUUCCAAGGAAAACGCUGAAUCAGUGGGAACAUGUUCUUGAAAUGGUUACGGAGAAAAUUACACUUAGAAAUGGAGCUGUGCACAGGCUCUACACCUUAGAUGGAAAACCUGUUGAAAGUGGAUUGGAUUUGGAAAACGGACAGUUUUAUGUAGCAGUUGGCAGAGACAAAUUUAAGAAGUUACCCUACAGUGAAGUACUGUUUACCAAAUCUACAGUUAGGAGAUCUUAUGGGUCAAAAUCAUCUGAGAAGUCUAAGGGAAGUUCCAAAUCUACUGAUACGGGUGACAUAGUAUCUUCUCCUCCACCUUCAAAAAGGAAAGAAAAGCAUAGGCAGAACCAAGAGUCUAAAAAACCUGAGAAAUCAAAAGAAAAUAUACAAGUCGUGACCAAAACAUAUAUUCUCCCAGAUCAUGAUGAGGGUGUUUACAAGGCUGGGAAAAAACCAUCUGAAAUACGGGGGGCUGUGGAAGUCCAGGAAGAUGAAGACACCCAAACUGAGAUCCCAAUUGAUCAGCGGCCAGCAGAAACUGUGGACGAGGAAGAAAAUGUAACUCGGCACAAUGGAGAAUAUGCAGCAAUGAAUGGGGAGGCUGAUCCAGGUGAAGAAACUGGAGAGAACGAAAACAAAGAGAAAAUGGAGGACCAUUCUGACAAUCAAAAGCCGGAGCUUGAUGCAGCCGGGGAGGGAGAGACUAGUUAUGCACAGGGUGGAACAAAUGAAGAAAAUGGAGAGGAAAUGGAUCUCAAUGGUCAUGAAGAAAGUGCUGAUGAUCCAACCCAGGUUAAUGCCCAGAAAACUUCAACUCCGAGAGUAACCAUCACCAGUCCUCAGGAAAGUGAAAAAAAUGAGCAAACUAAUGAUUAUGCUGCAGUAGCAUAGAUAUAUUUUAAAGGACAUAGGUUAAUAGAUAAUGAAGAAUUUUAUAUUUGGAAUGCACGGUAUCUUUUUCUGUACUUGAUUAAUUUAUAAUGUGGCGAUAUGGUGGAGCUUGCCUGAACUGAUAUGGUGGUAGCCUGUACUUAGAUAAAUGAAGAGGAAGAUUAGGAGGAAGAUCAAAUUAUAGUUUCAAAAUUUGGUUUCUUUUCCAUCUAGAUUUUAAGGCAAAAUAUAGGGUUUUUUGAAAAAAAAACCCUGGAGAAUGUUAAGCUAGCCCACAUUUAUAGCGGCAACAGAUAUGGCUAGGACAAAAGCAAUUUGUUUAGAAAAGUUUUUUUAAAAAAUGCUUUUGUGAUUUUAAGUGAAAAACCUGUGAUCUAAAAAAAGUUGAAUAAAUAUGAACUGUAGGAUUCAUUUAAAGUUAGAAGCUAUAUUUUUCAUUUUGCAGGAUCGAGACUGGGGUAGAAAAUUCUUAGCAAUACAGAAAUAUGCAUUGAUUCGGAGCCUUGAAUGACUUCUGGUGUGUAUAUGGGGUUCCUGAAUCCAUGUACUGUUCCGCUCAUUGAAAAGAUAGUACGUAUAGAUAUGUGUCCUCUGCUUAAAUGAAUGGCAUAGCUGUUAAAUAUUUCUAAGAACCAUGUUAUAAUUAGAAUUGCCAUGUCUGGAGCAAGUGACUGAAUUGGGAGGAUAGAACGUGGCUUCAAAAUGAAGUAUUUCUAUUUUAUUGGUAGUUGCAAUGGGUGUGAAAUACUUAGUACACAUGUAUAGCUACAUCUAUAUUCUUUUUUUGGAGAUAAUCCACUGAAUUCAGUGGAUCUAUUCUCCAAGUAAAAUGUACUUAAGGUUACAUGCCCAGUGAGCUUAGUAUAGUUUGCAGUUUGUUCUCAGUGGGUCAGCCUCACUAAAGUUAAAGGAACCUCCUGAUAAGGAAAUCACAAGGAACAAAACCGAAUAAUCAACUCCCUUUGAGACCAAAGGGUUUCGCUUUUUUAAAUAUAAGUCAGUCACAAUGGUAGGGUGCAAUAAUACUGACAUUUACUUCAGAUUUCAAAUGUGUUCUCAAUAGCCUCACCUUCAGCUUAUGAGGAACAAGAAUGUCAGCUAUAUCUGUUGCAAAUGGACAUUGCUCCGUGACUGACGGAUUCCCACAAAAGGUGGCCUGUGGAUGUGAGAAAAACGCUCACAGAAACAUUCAGAUUGUUUCUGUGAAAUGUGCCUGCUCUGACCAUCUUCUUUGUUUUCGCAAAGUUUUUUUUAAUCGGUUGAUUUCUCAUUUGGGGGUUUGUAGUUUCUGAUAAACAGUUCAGUCAUCUUUCACUGCAGCUCCACUUGGCAACAUAAAUGUUUUCAUUCAGAUAUAUUUUCACUUGAAUGGAAGGAUACAAAUAUUAGUUUAUGUUAGGCUUUGUGUUAUCAGAACUAGUAAAUUGUUAAUAAAGACUGCUCAGUUUCGUAGAAGGUGGUGUCUAGAACCCACCUGUGUGACUGUUUCCAAGUGAUGAUAGGAAAGUGAUAAUCAAGGAAAUGUUGUGUUACAGUAUCAGCAGGAUCAAUGUCUUGCUAUGACCUGAUUCAUCUCUUCAUCAAUUGUAAAAUAAGCCUAUUCACCCAAAUCACUGUACUCUGAUUCUGCAAAUAUCAGACCUGAUGCUUCUCAAAAUACAGUGUUGAAAUGUUGUCUUGUGGCCUUUGGGCUGGCCAAGGCAUGGGGCUUAUUUAGCAGCUUAUGAUGAAUGUGUGUUGGGCUCCUCAUGUGUUUAAAUAUCUUUCAGCUUUGGUGCUAGGGUGGCUGGUUUUCUGGAUUGAGUCUUGGGACCCAGUUCGAUGUUUAAGGGAAAGUCCAUAAAUGCAUGUUCAACACUCAUCAACUACCAGAUAAAUUCAUUCGCGAUUAACAUUGGCGAAUAACCAUGAAGUGUCAGAACAUACUGGGCAGAUCGUUCAUUAACAUGUUGUUAGGACUGAACAGACUCCAGUGAAUAUUCAAAUAGAGGGAAACAGAAAACUAGAACACCAUGCAGAGAAUUAAGCUAGAACUUUUAUCUUAAAUCUUUCUCUUAAAAUUUGUGUAGGGAAGCCUUAAAUAUGUGACUCUCUCUGCUGAAAGGCUGAAAUGGUGCAGCCCAUUGCACCACCUCAGCAGUCUACUAUGCCGUUAUGUGCAUGUGCAGGCCAAGCCUUAAUAUCGAGGAGGUGGCCUUCAAUUAUUUGGAUUUCUUAUAUUCCUAAGACCAACAACUGUAGUUGAGAAUUUUUGGAACUUUCUUCAGUGCCAGGUGUAAGUAAGGAUCAGUUCAUGUAACUAUUGUGGUUAAAUAGCCAUCUGAAUAACUGGCCACUCAGAACAAUUUGACAGGCCUCUGCGUCCUUUUGUCAGGAGGGUUCAGAGGUGGUGCUUUGGAUUCAUGCUUUAGAUGACCACCAUCAGUAGUGGGAAAAUAGGACUGUAAUCUACAAAGAUGAGUCUAAUACUGGUACCCUGAUCAUGUGACUUAUCCCUUAAUCAUUGUAACAGAUAAAUAACAUGAAUUUUUAGUGACUGUAGUAGAAAGUAAAAUAACCAUGCUGACAGCUCUUGCUGCUGGAAAGAAGGGGAAAAAUAGGCUGAUUCCACAUGGGCCCAAAACAGCAGUGUGAAAAUGAUGUGAAAAUGGUGUAAAAGGGUUUAAAAUGGUGUAAAAGGGUUUAUACUGUCUUCACACCAUUUUCACACCACUUUUUUUUGGCCCAUGCGGAAUCAGCCAUAGAUUAACCCUGAAAUAGUCUUGUAGUGCAUAUUUACUUUAAAAAACCCUUUUAAAUUAAUGAAAGGAGUGGUACAUGAAAUAACCAAAACAUCAGUCAGCAGUCAUUUAAAACUCCCUUUUGAAAAGCAUAUAGUAAUGAAAGGAGCGGUACAUGAAAUACCCAAACAUCAGCAAUCAUCUUCUUCCCUUCGUAGUUGAUUGGGAGAGGGGUGUGCUGAUUGUGUUCCCUCUACUUAAUGAGAGGGAAGGAUCCUGUGAGUAAGGAUCCGGUAUGUAUUUCCCUCCAGGAUAUAGGGAAUUUAGUAGCUUUCUACAAGUGACCAUACCUUUUGCUUUCUGAUGUUAACUCUGAAUGUUAAGGUUGACAUGUGGACAGUUAAGUUCUAAUUUUAUCCACAGCAGAUAGAAAUCUUGUUGAUUCUCUCCUUGUGAUAUCCCAUUUUCAGAUAUACUAUUCUAGGCUAGAACUUCUAGCUCUGGAAAGCAGAAAGUGAAAUAACGCCAUCUUAGCCAGGAGGAGGAAACUAGACUGUUCCAAAAGUUUUGAUUUGGGUGCCAGUUCUUUGAAACAGAGUUUGAGGUAAACUACUAUACCACUAACACUGAGUAAAAUUACUGUCUUUCUGUAUCUUUGUCUUCCAUGACUGAGGUGGAAUAGUGGAAUGUUCUCGAAGGAUCUCAUCUUGCUUGGUUACCAGACACUGUCCUUUUUUUGUUUUAAUUCAUUGUGUUCUGAAAAUUAGGCUUCCCUUUGAAAACCUUUGCCCUCCCUUUUCAUACUUGUUUCUGUUCCAUUACUUUGUCUCCAUCUCAUGUUGUAUUUUGUUUUAUUAUGUGGAAACACUGUAAGUGCCGGACCAUAAUAUUGAAGUGUCACUAUUUUUGUAAAACAGGAAUUUUAAAUAAAAUAUACUUUGGAAGCAAAAAAGAGAUAUUUAACACAUAACUGUAAAAUCAGUCAAUAUAUUUGUUAACUAGAAAAAAUAUAAAUACAUUUAUUUGCCCUAA